AUGUCGGUCACGACCUUGACCACCACCUCCAACUGGGAUACGACCACGACCCUCACAGCGACCCCCACCGCCUUGAACGUGACCUUGCCCACCAACGCCACCUUGUCAGACAACACCACGGCAACGUUGAACAUGUCGACCACGGGCAACUCGUCGGCAACAUCUACAGCAUCGUCUGCAUCCAGCUAUGUCUUUACAAAGUCCAAGCCAUGGACCUACACAGCCACCCCGUCCAAGACCACAUCGGGAACAGCCGCUUCCCAGACAACCUACGUCCCCGGCAUUGUCUUCAACCUCACCCUCGCAGGGUCUACCGAUGACCAAGCCGUGUACAGCUUGCCCAUGACGUUUGGGCACGAAACAGCCAGCGGCGACUAUACGUCCGACCGGCGGCGGGCGUCCAGCAGCUCGGACUGGGACGGCAUCACGGGCCAGGUCCUCAACAUGCAGGUCGACCUGGGGUCGUCGGACAUGUGGGUCGCGUCCGACCUGUGCACCACGUCGUCGUGCAAGGGCGCCCCCUAUCUGUACAACGGCACCGACUCGCUCGACACCGACAUGUCCCUGGCGCUCAAGUUUCAGACGGGAACAGUGUCAGGCGAGAUCAUGUGGGAGCAGGUCACGUUUGGAUCGUUUGGCAUUGGGUACCAGGCGUUUGUCCGCGGAUCAACCAUCCAGAACGAAGACUUGGGCGGCGGCAACUACACGGGACUCGUUGGCUUGGCUCUUCCUGCAAACUCGCUCAUCGAAGACGCCAUUCCAGGUACAACCGGUUCGUCCCCGGACGGUGCGACGUUUUUGGACAAUCUGUAUGGCGGAGGGUCGUCGGCACCGACGCAGCGCCUGUUUGCGCUGUCUCUGGCGCGCCGCGAUGACACGCGCACCACGUCCACGCUGGCCAUUGGCACCACCGACCCAGACUACUGCCCAUCGCCAUGCAACCCCGCCUUUCUCCCGAUCGUGCCCCAGGCCAACCUCGGCAGGACUGGCUACCUCCACUGGCGUCUGCCCGUGGAUGGCAUCUCGGCCACGACGUUUAACAACGCCCAGCAAGGGACCGGGUCGUCCACCCAGAACAUUACCCUCGGUCCCAGCAUUGUCGACACGUCCCAGACUGAGCCUCUCGCCGUCCUCGACUCGGGUGGCGUGGCCAUCUUGGUCGGGUACAAGCCCUACGCCGACGCACUGUAUGCGGCCUACAACAUUGUCGCCAGCUCGGACGGGCUCUACCGCAUGCCCUGCACAAAGCAGCUUGCAUACACAGUCACCAUUGGCGGCGAAGACUACCCGAUCCACCCGCUGGACAUGUCCUGGACCGACCCGGACGACGUGAGCAUGGCCACGUGCAUUGGUGCCAUCCAGUAUGUGACCAACCUGGGCACAUCCACCGACUUUGUUCUUGGCUCGUCGUUUCUCAAGAAUGUCUACUCGGUCUACCAGUACCCGGACCAGAAGAAGAGCUCGUCGACAUGGCAGCCGACCGUCGGCCUCGUGUCCCUCACCAACGCGUCGCAGGCGUCGCAAGACUUUUACGCCGUCCGCAACUUGCACCAGUCGCUCAGCACCGUCUCGGGCUCGGGUCCCAAGACCCAGUCGUCGGCAGGCGGCGCGGCCCAGAACGCUGCAAGCCACCGCGUCAUGUCCACGGCCAUUAUCGCGGCAUGCUCCGUUAUUGGCUUCUUUGUCCUUGCGGCCAUUGCGUUUGGCGCAUGGUGGUUCCGCCUCCGUCGCAAACUUGGCGCCGGCGGUGUGGUCGAGUACAAGAUGGACCGUCGCAGUAACAACGGCAGCGACAGUGACCACGGGUACCACCACAGCAUCUCGACGGUCCGCAGCCGCAAGCACGAGGAGACUCUGCGCCAAAAGAGUUACAUUGACGGUAUCGCCGACUAUGAAUCUUACCGCAGUGCCACGGACGACUCGACGUUGCGUCUCGACCCCCUUGCCGAGGAGAUGGACGACGGGACGCACAUGCGGAACAAGGAAUCAGACUCGUUUGUUAUCAACACCAACACCAACGGCAGCAGCAACAACAGCAGCACCAACAACCGCACGCGUGCGUCGUCGUUUACAAACCACGCCCGCGGGUCCAGUCUCCACCAGGGCCUGCUUGCCACUGCCGACCCUGCGUCGCCGCCCAUGCCGUUUGCCGACUUUUAUCCGGACACCGCGCACCAUCACGAGCAGCAGCAGCGUCGCCAGUCGACCAGCAGCCAGGUGCUCAUGGAUUCCGCACUGAUGGACUCGCCGCCGUCCGUCGCGCGUCUCAUUGACAUUGACUCGCCGCCCGGAUCCGCCACACACGCCACGACCCAUUUCGCCCCCUCGACGACAGCUCCUCGCUCGGCACGGCCAUCGGCCGCGCGCCAUGUGAGCGGCGACUCGCGCAUCUCCAUGUCGGGUCCGUUCCCGUCGCCGGGCAUCAUGGGGGGCAGUAUCGCCAUGUCGGGCCCGUUCCCCACACCCAGCCGUCCGCCGACGGUCCACACCAACAGCGACUAUGACUACUACUCCAUCGUCCGCCAGGGCGAAGACUACACUGCCGCCGUGCCCAGGCGCCAGAGCAGGUCCAGCAGUGGUCCGCGGUCGAACAGUGUUCCCAGGUCGUAA